UGGAGACACAAGGGUCAAAAAGAGAAACAGAAAAGAGUCGUAGUCUUGAACGGCUCAAAACUCAUCGCAUGAAGGAGACGUCACAUGGUCAUGGGUCAAAAAAACCAAAAGAUCGCCCGAUCAUCAAACACAUGUAUAACGCGGCAAAACUAUACAGUGCAGGAGUGAAGUUCAAGGCUGUGACAGAUGAGUUCUCGAUAGAUGUGAAAUUCGAGAAUGGUUGUUUGAAGAUACCUUGUUUGUGGGUUCCUGAUGAUGCGGAGAUCACAUUAAGAAAUAUAAUGGCGCUAGAGCAAUGCCAUUACCCUUUCAAAGCCUACGUCUGUAACUUCGUCAGUUUCUUGGAUUUCCUCAUUGACACUGAUAAAGACGUCGACUUGCUCAUGGAGAACGGGAUACUAAACAACUGGGGGAGAAGAGUUCGGUGGCGGUGGCGGAGAUGGUGAACACGCUCUUUUCGGGCGUCGUCGAGAGUCGUUCUUACUAUGCUGGUAUAGCGUCAAGAGUCAACGCCUAUUAUGAAAAUCCAGUCAACAGGACACGCACCAUCCUGGGACGCCAGUAUUUCGGUAAUCUAUGGAGAGGUACGGCUACUAUCGCUGCUGGGCUUCUUUUGCUGAUGACUUUUGUCCAGACGGUGGCUUCGAUUAUUCAGGUUUGGUAAAAUUGACCGUUCUUCUGUUGGACGACGUCGUUUCACUCUCUCCGGUUCGUCUCUUGUGUUUAAUAAAUUACUCGUAUCUACGAUACAAUUCACUCUCUCGUCGUUGUGUUUAAUACAUUAGUCAUAUCUUCCCCCAAAAAGGAUCUUGUGUUUUAAGUCUAUCUUCUAUUGUAUCUCAUAAUAAUAAACAAAGACUUAAUGGUCGUCAAUGAUACUUUAUUAUGA